UCUCCACGCUUACACAUCCCCCUACGCACCCCGCCCCUGCCACCACCAACACCACCUACACACCCGCUCCCCCGCCGUCUCAUACCACGACCGCUCCCAGCUACACCGAUCGUGAUUUCGGUUACGGUGAAGACGAACAACGAACCAACGAGGAAGAGGUCCGUUGCAGUGAUUUCUUUUUAAAGCUUCGUUACACCACCACCAGCAGCAGCAUCAUUAUCAUUCUCCGAGGCGAGAUAAAGCAGUCGUCUCUCCUCUGGUCAGCUCAUCGACCUUGCGUUGUUUCAUCUGUUCAGUGGGGGUUGUAGAAAUAUUUUUUUUUGCAUCUUUCUUUUUUUUAAUUCGGCUGUUCCGGACGUUCCUGGUGGAGAGACGUCGAUACAGCAGCAGCGCCAGGCCCGAGUUAAAGACACCGCAAGUGAAGGAAGCUCGAGCCACCAUUCCUCGCCCGGCCACCCUCUCCCGUGCCUCCACCACCCCCACCGCCGCCGUCGCCACCAGGACGGCCCCGCGAUGAACGCGGCGAUGCAAGGGGCCGUGGUGCCCCCGGGCACGGCCGCCACCACCGCCUCCGAAGCUCCGGCCCUGGCGCCGUCCGGGAAUGGCACGGAGGCCGGCGGCAACAAGGGGGACGCCUUCAGCAAACUCAAGGACAAGUUCAUGAACGAGCUCAACAAGAUCCCACUACCGCCAUGGGCCCUGGUCGCCAUCGCCGUGGUCGCUGGCCUCCUCAUCCUGUGCUGCUGCUUCUGCAUCUGCAAGAAAUGCUGCUGCAAAAAGAAGAAGAAGAACAAGAAGGAGAAGGGCAUGAAGAACGCCAUCAACAUGAAGGACGUCAAGGACAUGGACAAUGAUAAGUCGGAGGAAGACCUGGAGACUGUCCUCACGGAGGGAGAUGAGAAGGAGGAAGAGAAGGAGGAGGAGAAGCUCGGGAAACUGCAGUUCUCCAUCGAUUACGACUUCCAGAACAACCAGCUCACGGUCGGGGUGAUCCAAGCAGCCGAGCUGCCGGCUCUGGACAUGGGGGGCACCUCGGACCCCUACGUGAAACUCUUCCUCAUGCCCGACAAGAAGAAGAAGUACGAGACCAAGGUUCACCGCAAGACGCUCAACCCCGUGUUCAACGAGAGCUUCGUCUUCAAGGUGCCGUACUCGGAGCUGGGCGGCAAGACCCUGGUGAUGGCCGUCUACGACUUCGACCGAUUCUCCAAGCAUGACAUCAUCGGCGAGGUGAAGGUGCCCAUGAACACCAUCGACCUGGGCCACGUCAUCGAGGAGUGGCGCGACCUCGUCAGCGCCGAGAAAGAAGAGCAAGAGAAACUUGGUGACAUCUGCAUCUCCCUGCGCUACGUCCCCACGGCCGGAAAGCUCACCAUCGUCGUCCUCGAGGCUAAGAACCUGAAGAAGAUGGACGUUGGUGGUCUUUCCGACCCAUAUGUCAAGAUUCACCUGAUGCAGAAUGGCAAGCGACUCAAGAAAAAGAAGACGACCAUCAAGAAGAACACGCUCAACCCGUACUACAACGAGUCCUUCAGCUUCGAGGUUCCCUUCGAGCAGAUCCAGAAAGUGCAGGUGGUGGUCACGGUGCUGGACUACGACAAGCUGGGCAAGAACGAGGCCAUCGGCAAGCUCUUCGUGGGCUGCAACGCGUCCGGCACGGAGCUGCGGCACUGGUCCGACAUGCUGGCAAACCCUCGGCGGCCCAUCGCCCAGUGGCACACCCUCAAGCCAGAGGAGGAGGUGGACGCGAGCCUAGGCAGCAAGAAGUGACCCCCCUCGCGAAUUAUGACCCCCCCCCCCCCCCCCGCUUAGCUACUCCGGCUUAAGUCAACGGUGUCCGUCUCUCCCAGACCAACACCACCACCACCACCACCCACCGCUUGCCAGAACACGGCAAUCUUGAUCCCACCCUGACCUUCACCUGCUCUGCCCUUCCUCGUCGUGUUCCCCCGUCCCUCUGCCUUUUGCCCCGGAACGCCCCCACUCCCUGCCAACUCCUGUGCCCCCCACCCCCCCAUUCUCAUCAUCAAUUCACGCGCGUCCUGCCACCCUGGGGGGAGGGGCUGCCCUGCUCCGCGUCACUGGCACCUGCCAGAGAGACGCUCCUCAUUGUGCACACGCGUGUGUGUGUCUUUGUGUGUCUGUCUUUGUGUUUGUAAUUCAUGUACUUUGUGUGUAAUUCAAGGUGCACCUAGCCUGGCACACGCGCCGUGGUGACGUCACCGCUACUUGGUGGCGAAUGGCGGCUUUUACUGUUGUUUGGGUGUGUUUAUGUGUGUUUAUUUGUUUGUGUGUGUUUAUGUGUGUGUGUUUGUUUAUGUGUGUAUGUUUGUUUCGGUGUGUUUAUUUACGUGUGUUUAUGCGUGUUUAUUUAAAUGUGUUUUUGUGUAUUCAUGUGUGUGUGUUUAUUUAAGUGUAUUUAUUUAAGUCCAUGUGUCUUCAUGUGUGUGUGUUAAUGGGUGUGUUUAUGUGUGUUAAUGUGUGUGUGUUAAUGUGUGUGUUAAUAUGUGUUUAUGUGUGUCUGUGGGUAGCGGUAGCGUAGUUGUUAGUGCUGCGCUACGAACCUGGCGACCCGAGUUCAAUUUCCGCUCACGGUCAAAUCAGUGACAAUUAUCUGAAUCGGUCCUGGGCCUCCUCUAGGUCGACUCAGCCUCAAAUGAGUAUCUAGUGCGGUGUGUAAACAUCGCCACUGGAGAGACCAAGGCGGCCGGGCGUGGUGUUGCCGGCCUUCAUAGGUGCUCGCUAACAGCACUUGCCCCAACAGUCUGUCACAGGCUACACGGGGAUCUUUGUCUUGUUUUGUGUGUUUAUGCGUGUGUGUGUGUUUAUGAAUGUGUGUUUAUGCGUGUGUGUGUUUGUUUAUGCGUGCGUGUGUAUGUUUGCUUAUGCGUGUGUGUGUGUGUUUACAUGUGAGUGCGUGUGUGUGUUUACAUGUGCGUACGUGUGCUCGUCCCGCGUGUCUGCGUGCCUAGCGACACCUCGCUGCUGGUGAACUCGGAGGCAGACGCAGAGGUCAAUCGCCUGCCUAGAGGCGAGGCCGCGACCCCGGGCAGAUCAGUAGCGCAACCCAAAACCGCUCUCGGUCGCAGAGACGUCCACGACAAACUCGUUCGAUAUGCAACUGAUCGCUGGGGGGUGUGAACCCGCCUUAACAAAAAAAAAACAACUCUGCUGCGCCUUGCCUUAUUAGCCAAGCAAGCAACGGUGUCACCUUGACGCCUAUAUUUUCCUCGACCAUCUGGAUAUUUAUCCAAAAGUUCACCAUGGCACGCAGGCCACGUGCGUGCGUGCGUGCGCGUGUAUGUUCGUACCUCGAGGUGCACCUAAGCUGGCACAAGCGCCAUGGUGACGCCACCGCCACUAAGUGGCGAACGGCCGAUUAUCGUUGUCGUUGUCUGUUUCUUCGUUUCAUGUUUGUGCACAACUAAGGCUUGGGCUAAUUCUCCACCAAAAGCCCUCCUCAUCCUCCUCCUCCUCCUGUUUCUCACCUCACCUUCCAGCUCCGUACCACGCGACAUCAACCCCUACCCGAUCGCUCCGCAGCUGCCCCACCUUUGCGCCACCCUGCCCCCCCCCCCUUGCUUCCGAGCCCCCCCCCACCCAUCCUAGACCCCCCAAACCUUCGCCCCGCCACGCGUGCGCAAAAAUUGUUUUGUUUGUCCGUUUUGUUCGUUUCGUGUGCAUGUUCAAAGUCGUGGCGCUAAGCCAUUCUCCUCGGCGGCACGCCGCGUGGAAUCUCCUCCGCGGACCGCACGGCGGAGCGCAGGUCCCAUAGUUCGCGCGGCGCUGUUAAAACGUCGGUUUGUGUGUCGUCGUCGUCGUCGUCCAUGUGAUGUCCCCAACCCCUCCCCGACCUCUCCUGCACAGCAAACCGCUCAGUGAGACACUGUAGAUACAAUAUAAUACCCUUCCUCGUUCACAGGCGCCUCCCCCGCCCCCCACCCCACCCACCUAUACCUGUAUACGACGCUAGGCCUCGUUCCUGUUUGGUGUUUUGUAUAUAAACGCUCCCUUGUUGUUCACGUCAAGCCCUGUUCCUUGUGCUCAUGCCGUACGCUGCCCCCCUCCCCGCCCGCCGUUGACACGUCGGUGGCGAUGAUGCUGAUGAUGAUGAUGGCUGUGUGUGCUUGGGACUACAUCUCUGUUGUUUCAUUACCGAUGUUUAUUCGAUCACGGGCCUCUUUCCCGCCGUCCUGCUCGGGGGUGACUGAUCACACAGUCGUUCCUGGCCAGCCCAAAGCCCAUUCCCGCUGUUUUAGGUGUAGAUAUAGCAUGAAUAUAUGAUGUCUCCAGUGUGAUCAUAAGGCAUGUCCGUUGUGCUUCCCUUGUAUGAAACCUAAAGCCCCUUUACUGUCGAUGUUUAAAAGAAAAUUUAAAAAUAUAUAUAAAAUAAAUGCCACACGAGAAGAAAAAAAAGGUUUUUAUUACAUAACUUUAACAACAACAAAAAAAAUGCUUUAAAAAAUGACGACGAUGUACGUAUUACCCGGUAGAUUUAAUCCGUGUUAAGAUUAUAUAUGACAACACGCUUGCUGUUUAUUGGCUCUAUGAUAGACGUGUGACCCUGUGCUCUAUGCUUUCACAUUGGAAAAGGUCUACCGAGGCGACCCUCUACACAACCACCUCGCGCUUAGCGAGCGGUGUGAGGGCGCAGCGACAACAACAACAACAACAACAAAUCACGCAGGCAGGCCCGGAUUACCCGUCACGUGAAGGGGGGCCAUCUCAGAGGCACCGUGGAGCCCCGACAAACAGCACAGCCCACUGCUGGCCACAGACCUAAGGUGUGAGAUCAAGACCCCCCGGCGAGACCCAGCCACCGUGAGGGCCCGAUUCAUUAUCCAGAAGCCAUGAGGCUGUAAUUGCCUCUGGACCCUACACGGGACAGGCGCAAAAACGCGUGCGUGGGGUGGGUGGCAGCAGGACCUUGAGCCAUUGGUAGUACGGUGGGCCGCCAUAAGACAAAUAGGCCCUGGCGCAGGGCCCAGAGUGACCUUAAUCCGAGCCCGUGUGCAGGCUCUGAAAUGCCAGGCUUGAGAACCACGCUUGCUUGGGAGACCGCACUCCGAUGCCGUUUCCACCUAAAUGUGGUGCUUGUUAUUGCAGCACCCGGGGGAUAGGAUGUUCCAUAUGGCCGCGAGGCUUCUUUCUGCACCCCGCCGUUUGCGAUCGUGACGUCUCAUGAUAUUAAGCGUGUGUGCGCAUUACCCCAAGUGCGAACGGCGUGAUCGCUCUCCCGCGCUGCACGCGGCUGCAGUGAUCGGUUGAAUGUGUAAACUGCGUUCCCAUCAAAAUGUUGUGGCUGUCAGGCUCCAAAGGUCAAAUUAAAAUCCAGGGUGUAAAUUCUAAUCGCAGCCUAUCGAGCCAUCAGUCAUUUGGAGGCUUUAUUUAAAACAAGUUGUGAGCCAACAAGUCUCUUGCGAGGGAGAACUUUUUUUUUACUUGACAGGAUUUUCUAACUGCUUGUCUGUCAUAUAUAUAACAAAAAAAUUAGUCUGCCGACACGAUGCUCUGCCAGAAACGUACUUUUAUGGAAUACUAAAAUAUUCAUGCGCUCCCAAGGUGUUGUACGUGAUUAAAUUAAAAACAUUAAAUAUAGGCAUGUAGGAUUUGUUUUCUUCACUCAACACUGGGCACUGACUCGUCUCACAUUUUUAUGGAAACGUAGACUCGCUUUGGGUUUAUUCAUUUCCCCCGCGUGAUGUGCACAGCUAUUUGCUUUCUCGACUGAGUACCGUUGAAGUGCGCGAUGUUUUGUGCGUCUUUGUCCCAACUACCCCGUCCUCUUGACGUCCCCGUGACGCCCGUUAAAAGCUUGCCCCUCAAACCCCGGCAUGUCAGUUAACGCUCUGCACCAGGGAUACAAUUUACCGCAUGCCCGAUGCGGAUUCAAAUCCGGUCUAACGUCGCAAAUCUGAGCAUAAGUCUGGCUGAGGCAAAACAUAUAUAUAUGUAAAUGUCAAUAACAGAUGCAGGCUAUGUGCAUGAGACAGCUAGGAGCAGCCAGGUACCCGGAUGGAGGCUGCUGAACUCCGUGCGUGACUGACACGGCAUGGGGAGGCCUUCGCUCUGCCAUUGAUUAGCAAAGGGGAGUAAAUUAAUGUUCAAUUAUUGCUUAUAGUAAUUAUUAUAUGAUUAGUUAUCGGCCUUUUAGCCACGUAAGGCUCGCUAAGUCUCUCCAAGAUGUUUUGGAUGGUCAUACUUGGGAUGUCUGUCCCGUUGAUUAUUUGUGCCUGUGGAAGAAAUGCAGGAUUCCCAAAAUCGGAUCCAAUCAGAAAACACUGCACUACUUGCUGCGCUGCCAUCCACAAACACCACUUCGUAAAAUAAAUAAAGCAGUAAUAUCGCUCUGAGCAAAACAUCAACAGCAGCGCCCAGCACCACUGACAACGUUGAUUCUCAAAAAAAAAUGUUUUAACCUAUGCUCAAUGAGCCCACUCAUAUAAGGACCAACUGGACAAAAAAAUUGGCAGUCGCCUUCCAAAACAUUAACCUGUUGCAGAGUCCAGGCUGCGAACAGAACCCACUCUUGAGUGACCAUCCGAGCAGUUAACGUCAUAACCAAAGGCAGGUUUGAAGAGAGGAAGCAGCUCAGAAGGUCGUAAUAAAGGUGUUCCAGGUAGAGUGACAAAGAUCACGAAUGCACAUCUCCCCCCCCCCCCACCCGCGUGCUACCACAAAAAUAGCAACAAAUAUCCUGUCCACGUGACCAAUGUUGUGUCCUUCAAUCAGCGAUCGAUAUAUCGUGUCCUUCGUCCGAACAAUCACAGAGCAACACUACUUAAUCUCGACACCAGUACCCCGCAUCCCCCGGCUGGGAUAUCGAUCAAUAUAUACAUACAGUGUCCCUUCAAUCAGUGAUCACAGACAGCACUACACUAUCUUGCAAACAGCUGCGUCAAACAGAGCAAGGGGAUGUUGGCCAGGGAUUGAUUGGAACUGGGCCAGCUGGUUCCCAUGGAUUCGAAAAGCAGGUCACGGUUGCAUUAGGCCUGUUAAUCACGAAGCGUAACUAACUUUCCUGAAUCGAGAGAGCUGUUUGAGCGUUGUUGUUGUUUUUAUGUCACAGGGCCAAAUGACGGUAAGUCGGUGGCUUUUGUAAUUUUUCCAGGAAAUGGCCAAUUGGGACAAUUGAUAAAUUUCAGCAAGGAAGACCUAGGAUAAAUUGAAAAUUGGACUGAAAAUUAGUGAGGAGAGUGCAAAAUUUCAAUGCAAAACAUAUACCGGGACAUAUAAAAAUAGAUUUCAACAUGUUAACAUCAUUAUCUACCUUUUGACCAACCCUCCUCGCUCCCAAUACCUCCUAACCUCGCCUGGAUUCUUUGCGUAAAAAAAAAAGAGCCGCCUCACUCAGCUCAGUUAAUUUUGCAUCAGAGAGGUAAGGAAAGUUAUACAAUGUCUGGCUCUCAAAGGUUACGGAAACCUCGAACUGACUCGCACUGAUCCAAGCCUGGCACCACUCGUGUUGCUUCACGGCAUGACGGGGAAGAAUUAAAAAAAGGCAACGAUUCAAACCUCGCCAAGGACACUGAGUAUUUGGGACAAAGGACGUUCACAAAAGUCCAGUUGAUGGCCACAAAAUUUGCAACUUUCACGACUGCCCCUUGGGUCUCCACUGAAUCACGGGGGGGGGGGGGCGGGGGGCCCUUCUAGAUUUUACUUAUCCCCUCGAUUGCUUCUCCGCUACCAAACGUAUCAAGUAGACGCGUGUGCAGCUCCUUCCAACCAAAACGAAACUUUAGCCACGAACAAUAUCCCGCGCGUGUUGCAUUCCGAAGUACGCAGAGUUGGUGCAUAGCGGUUAUUGACAUCGAUGAUGGGUAAGCCAUUUUAAACUAAAUUAAAAAAAAUACCACGCAACUAUAUCGUUUUGCUAAUAUUUAUGUACGUAUGUAUUUAUUUGAGUACAGUGCUUACGCUUCUGGUUUCUUUUUUUCUUCAGUGAGGUCUGUGGUGCUGUACAGUUUGUAGCUAUCAUUACGCAACAUGAGUGCAUUGUUCGUCAUUAAAAUGGUUUCAUUUCUCAUCUAAAAUGAAUGCUACGUUCCGUGUCGUUCUGUUUCUAAUCGUCUGUCCGUGGUCUAUACCAGCCACCGUGCAUCUCCAUGUGGCCACACGUUCGGGAUGCUGUGAAAGAUUACGGGGUUGGCUUUUUGAAUUUUCCCGAGACUCGUGUUUUAACUUUGGGUGGCCUCUUCGUUGUUAUUAUUAUUAUUGUUGCGGCCAGAGUGAAAGUGUGCAGUCCAAUUUCCGACAAGACACACGCUCGGCGAGUAGCCUCACCAAGCCUGUGCCAGCCGCGUGUAUUGCGUCUACGUCGAGUUACCUUUGUAUCAGAGGUGAACCCCAGAUAAUUCAGUUUUGGUUGGAGGCAGGCGUGGAGGUCGAUGGCUAACGCCGAGCGUGGCGAGAAGGUGCGACGGCUGCAUCGAAUAAUUCGAGGGCGGCUUUUUGGAGCGGUUUUUAAAACCGGCAAACAUAAAAUGACCCGAGCGUGCGGUAAGCAGGCAUCACCGCAGUCCCUCUCUCACUCGGUGCAUGUCCCCUGCCAUUACAAUAAACUUAUGGUAUCAUAAAUCAAACUGUAUUAUAAAAUGUACGCUUACUGGCUUUAAAGUUAUGGGAGGGGACGGGUCAUACACAGGCGAUGAGUUACCCUUUGAGCUGCCAGAUUUGGAGGGAGAAUCGAUAGUCUAACCGGUGGCUGCACAUAUCACGUCUGUUAAAAAAAAAAACGAGAACAUAUAAAACACGUUAUCGAGAAAAGAAACAAAUCCACGUUUAACCUUUCACAGUUCCUACAUAGGCCUGCCCUAAGUUGCAUGCUCUGUGUUGGCGCUGUUAACUGUAGUUGAGUAACCGUGUGCACUAAAAUAAAUCAUCUACAAUGUUGAAAUUGUUGAACGAAAAGUGUUUAGAAGAGUCCUCACAUGUUAUUAUAAUUACCACUAUACUUUGUUAUUAUUGAUUACAAAUGUCAAUUUUGUCAACAGAAAUAUAACGACUGUGGCUGCUCUUUUGCUGCAAUAAUCGAAAUAAAAGUCUGUGCGAAGGCUGAA